GGCAACACGUUUAACGCACAGAAGAAACACAAUUUUAGCCGAGCUGUGAUACACUUUUUUUUAUCUGCGUCCUAUAACCACGUCGCUCCGCAGACUUUUCUCCAGAGUCCCCUGCUAUUCCGAAAUGGGGAAAAGAGCCAGGCAGCGGCAGAAAAACCAGUCUACAGGAAGAGACGACAGAGACAACGCUGGCUGGGGAGCUGGCUAUGCCGACAUCGUCAAGGAAAAUAAGUUGUUCGAGCACUACUACAAGGAACAGGGCCUGGUGCCCGAUGGAGAGUUCGAACAGUUUAUGGAUGCCAUGAGGGAACCUCUGCCAGCAACCAUCCGCAUCACUGGAUACAAGAGUCAUGCCAAAGAGAUCCUCCACUGUCUGAAGGAAAAAUACUUUAAGGAUAUUCAGGAGGUGGAGAUCGAUGGCCAGAAGAUGGAGGCACCACAGCCUCUCAGCUGGUAUCCUGAUGAGCAGGCCUGGCACACCAACAUGAGCAGAAAGAUCAUUAGGAAGUCUCCUCUGCUGGAGAAGUUCCACCAGUUUCUGGUCAGCGAGACGGAGUCGGGUAACAUCAGCCGACAGGAAGCUGUCAGUAUGAUCCCUCCUCUCCUCCUGAAGAUUGAGUCUCAUAAUAAGAUCCUGGACAUGUGUGCAGCUCCUGGGUCAAAGACAGCCCAGCUGAUUGAGAUGCUCCACGCUGACAUGGAAGUGCCAUUUCCAGAGGGCUUCGUCAUCGCCAAUGACGUGGACAACAAGCGCUGCUACCUGCUGGUGCACCAGGCCAAGCGUCUCAACAGCCCCUGCAUCAUGGUGAUCAACCACGACGCGUCCUGCAUCCCCACCCUACAUGUCCAAUCAGACGGCAAAAGGGACAUCCUCUUCUACGACCGCAUCCUGUGUGAUGUGCCCUGCAGUGGGGACGGCACGAUGAGGAAGAACAUAGACGUGUGGAAGAAAUGGACGACCAGCAACAGCCUGCACCUCCACGGGCUCCAGCUGCGCAUCGCUGUGCGCGGUGUUGAACAGCUGGCUGUGGGAGGGAGGAUGGUCUACUCCACCUGUUCACUCAACCCUAUAGAGGACGAAGCUGUCAUAGCAGCACUGCUGGAGAAGAGCGAAGGAGCUUUGGAGCUGGCUGACAGUUCUGCUGAUCUGCCAGGGCUGAAGUGGAUGCCUGGGGUCACCUCCUGGAAGCUGAUGACCAAAGAUGGCCAGUGGUUCUCGGACUGGUCUGAGGUUCCAAGCUGUCGCCACACACAGAUCCGCCCCACUAUGUUCCCGCCAACUGACCCAGAGAAACUUGCUGGCAUGCAUCUGGAGAGAUGCAUGAGGAUUCUGCCACAUCAUCAGAACACCGGAGGUUUCUUUGUGGCCGUGCUGGUGAAGAAAGCCCCGAUGCCUUGGAACAAGAGAUAUUCCAAGCUGAGGAAGGACGUGUCGUCCAGCUCAGCGGCCCAGACUGGAAGCUCUCCAGCGGCCACGACCCCCGCAGACGCUGCCCGCCUCCCCGAGAGCGCCGGGGGGGAGGGAGAAGGGGAAGGGGGAAUCGUCCCAGAGGGGAAAGCGGAGGAGGAGGCACCCAAAGGAGUUUCUUUGACUCAGGAGACCAGCGCCAAACAAGAGGGAGUGUGUGGGCCUCCACCCUCAAAGAAGAUGAAGCUGUUUGGUUAUAAAGAAGACCCAUUUGUGUUCCUGACUGAAGAAGACCCAGUCUUCACCACCAUACAAUCUUUCUACGAUUUAUCCCCAAACUUCCCAAAGCUCAACGUUCUGACCAGAACCCACGAGGGCAAGAAGAGACACCUGUACAUGGUGUCCAAAGAGCUCCGCAACGUGCUGCUCAAUAACAGUGAGCGCAUGAAGGUCAUUAACACAGGGGUGAAGGUGUGGUCUCGCAACAGUGAUGGAGAGGAGUUUGGCUGUGCCUUCAGAUUGGCUCAGGAGGGUAUCUACACUCUUCAGCCAUAUAUUCGCUCCAGGAUGAUCGCGGUGAGUGUGGAGGACAUCAAAGUGCUGCUGACCCAGGAGAACCCCUUCCUCAGCAAACUGGAGGAACACGCUCAUGCUCAGGCCAAGAAAAUAGGAAUGGGCAGUAUUGUGUUGAAGUACAUUCCCAACCCAAAUAACCCAACAGAGCCACAGUGUCCCAUCCAGCUGUGCGGCUGGAGGGGAAAGACAUCAAUCCGAGCCUUCGUGCCCCGCAACGAGAGGUUCCAUUACCUCCGGAUGCUGGGGGUGGAGGUCUUCAGAGACAAACAGGGCGUGGGGCAGAAACAAAGGGACGGACAAAAGGAAGGAAAGGAAGAGGUCGAGGACGGGGCGAUGGAAAACGAGGGAGAGCUGGACUUGGAGAACGGCGAUAAAAACGGAUCAUCAGAACCAAAAAGCGACGGAGACAAGCAAGGGACUAGCAGCUGAGAACGUAGAGGAGACGGGGAAGGAGGAAUGACUGAAGAUGUAUUAAAGCUCUAAGAGUUGUUAACCAGGUCCAAGACCACAUCACGUGGUAGAGGAGGGUAAUAUGCUUCUACGGGUUUCUCUGUUCACCACACUGCCACCGCAGCAGGAUUCCCUCCGAGAGAUAGUGACUCCCUUUUUUUGAAUUUUGUUUUUCCCCCCUCUUGGACCUCCCCGCCUCUCUCCACAGAAUUCAGCUUUUUUUUUAGUUAAACGGCUUAUUUUAUGUUUUAUAUGUUUUUUUUUUUUCAUGUUUUAACCAGUUUAUUCCACUGACCAAGAGGCAUCAAUUUUCUUUCAGUUGCGCAUGUUUAGAGAGGUUUUUAUUAACUGCAAUCUCAUUUUCUACACCUGUAAUUAUGCAGAAAUGUGGAGUUGAUUAAAAGCGUGAAAGGUUAAUAACUCUGUCAGCAGUCAAAUUAUUUUAUUUGAACAACAUCAUUUUUGAAGUGUGAAAGGUAUACUCGAGAAUGGGUUGUUACUGACUGAAUGAAAGGCAGCUGUGAAGAAAUAAAUAGAUUUUUUAAGGUAGUGGUAUUAAAGCAGCGGUUUGCUAUGUGGGUGUUGUGGCACCCGAGGCUGUUUCAAGGAAGGGCCUAGGUUGCUGCAAGAGUUAAGAUUUAAAAUGAAGAAAAAUGUAACAAAUAAAUAACU